AUGAAGCUCAACCCGAAAGAGGUCGGGACGGAGCGGGAUCAGUCAGAUAGGUUUUGGCGUCAGUAUGCCCCUGACGAGUGGCGGCAGAAUGGCUGGAGAAUCACCCGCCCGCUGGCGGGGGUGCCUUUUCUUCUCACCAUCAAGGACUACACCGUGGGUGUACGCGGACCGCACGGGUGCGAGCCCACCUACGUCGAUUGCCUCGUCGACCAAAACAACUCGUUUAGCCCAGUCCACUUUCCGCACGCUGCCGAGGCGCAGUUUGCGUGCUGGUCACUUUUUCGCCAGCACCCGACACUGCAUCCGCGGUUCAUCCUUGGCAGAGGCACGCAAUUCAGCAGCGCUCCAUGGACUGAGGCGUUGUGGGCCCUGAUGGAGGUCGAGCGGCACAUGGUGGAACAGAGACGCGGCCCACAGGGCUGCGCCGUCAUCGGCCAGCGGCGCAACCGGAACAGCGGGUGGCUCGGCAGCGAGCAGUCGUGGUUCAUAGCCCGCAGCGACGCGGGCGAGCUGCAGCAACGCCUUUUCAAGCGUUCGGCUCCAGAGCGGGGCAUCGUCAAGGUGGGCCUGAUCAAUCGGGCCGGUUCGCGCCGGGUCGUGAACGCGGACCUGCUUGCAGCACGGCUAAUCCGCACGCUGGCGAGGCACAACCUUUCGCGCUCGUACUCGCUCAGCCACAUCAACGACCUGGGCGACUUUUCGUUUGAGGAGCAGGCCCACUGGGUGCACGAGAAGGACGUGAUCAUCGCACCGCACGGCGCGCAAAAUACCAACUUUGUGUGGGCGCGCCGCUGCACAUCGAUCCUCGAGAUCUACCCCGCAAACUACUUCAUCCCGGGCCUUUACCUGCAGUUGGCGAGAGCCGCCGGGGCAGUCAUAUUUGCGGCGCAUCAAGGCCGGCAGGACAUGAGCAAGGUCUUCAAUUACCGCCUCCGGCGUGCCGUGCGCUCGAGAAACAUAUUUUUUGACGUUGAGGCGGCUGCUUCGACGCUGAAGCUGAUGCUCGACGCGAGGCUGCAAUGCCUGGGCUCGGUCGAAAUGUGA